GCAAUAUGGAUGAUGCCGACGUACGCAGCUUAUGGAGGAUGGCCAUCGUCUGGUGAAAUAGAUAUUAUGGAGAGCAGGGGUAAUAGUAAUCUGAACUAUACAACGGCUGACGGAGAACCAAUCGGUGUGGACCACGUUGGAAGCACGUUACAUUUUGGAUCCAAUUAUUUUUACAAUGGUUUUAUGAAGACUACAGUAGCAAAACGUCUAAAGGAUGGAAGAACAUUUGCUGAUGAUUAUCAUAGAUACAGUGUCGAGUGGACUGAAGAUUAUAUCAAAUGCUUCGUCGACGAUGAAAUGACUUUAAAUGUUGAGCCUGAUGAGGGUGGCUUUUGGAAAUUCGGAGAAUUUGAGAAAAACAACAUGGUUAAUCCCUGGAGAUACGCGUCUAAAAUGGCACCAUUUGACCAAGAGUUCUACAUCAUCCUGAAUCUAGCUGUUGGUGGUAUGAACUAUUUUGAUGAUUCUAAUAUUGGACCUCGACCAAAACCCUGGACCGGAGCUGAUAAGACGGCUUUCUGGAGAGCUAAAGAAGAAUGGUAUCCUACCUGGAAUCCCUUUGAAAAUGACGGGGAAGAUGCUGCAUUGAAGAUUAACUAUGUAAAAGUUUGGAAGUUGAAACCAUAA